GAAAGGGCUCGCAAUCAGGUUUCAUUGGGCUUAGAAAUUACUCAUGCACACUUAAGUGAUAAUUGUCUACAUUACUGGCUAUCCGAGGCGGAUGCAAAGUCCGUAGUGGCAAGAGGCUGGGGUCAACGUUUUCCUCUCCACGGAGUGGAUAAAGGUUGGGUUAUGCUAUAUGCACUUCGGACUACGGAUGAGGUUGAAGACAUUAGAUGCAUUGUAAGAGCUGGGAUUGCUUAA